AUGAAAUAUCGACAGGCCGUUGAUGAAAUUCGUCGUGAGCUUGGAGACGAAGCAGUGAGCACCGAUCCAGAUGACUUGGAAUACCACGGCUAUUCUGAAUUCUCAACAUCAAAUACGGAUGAGAGGCCAAUUGCCAUUGUGCGACCAGAGUCGACAGAGCAAGUGUCAGCAAUCGCAAAGAUAUGCACCAAAUACAGAGUCCCAAUGACACCCUUCGGAUCCAAAUCCAGCGUUGAGGGCAGCUUUAGCUCUCCUUUCUCUGGAAUAUGCAUUGAUAUGUGUGAGAUGAAUAAGAUUGUCGAAUUCCACCCACAGGAUAUGGACAUUGUCGUGCAGGCCGGGGUCAACUGGAUGGUAUUGAAUGAAGAGAUUAAAGACAGUGGCCUCUUCUUACCGCCUGACCCAGGUCCAACCGCCUUCAUAGGGGGAAUGGUGGCCACCAACUGCAGCGGAACCAAUGCUAUGGGGUACGGCACGAUGAAGGACUAUGUCGUUAACUUGACGGUAGUCUUGGCCGAUGGCACCAUCAUCAAAACACGGCAACGACCAAGGAAGACGUCGGCGGGAUACAACCUCAACUCCUUAUUCACCGGAUCAGAAGGCACUCUUGGCAUCAUCACUCAAGCCACGCUCAAGCUAGCCGUACUGCCGACUAAUCUCAGUGUCGCUACAGCAGCAUUCGGCUCGAUCCAUGCUGCGGCCGCCGCUGCGUCCACGAUGGUCCGCUCAGGCCUCCCCUUGAUCGCCUUGGAGCUGAUGGACGAAGAGCAAAUGCGGAGCAUAAACAAAAAUGGAGGAACCGAAGGUAGGAUGUGGGACGAAAACCCAACUCUGUUUCUAAAGUUCUCAGGUACCGUGAACUCCGUCAAGGACAGCGCCAAAGAGGCACAAGCUAUAUGUCGAAAACAUGGUUCUAGAACUUUUGAGAGUGUGAGUGGGCAAAAAGAAAUAGAUUCCCUUUGGUCAGCCAGAAAACGCGCCCUUUUCGCGGUUUUUGCAGCGAAGCCAAAGGACUCCGUUUUUUGGGCAACAGACGUUGCGGUGCCUAUAUCCCGUAUGGCUGAUCUAAUCGAAGAGUCCAGGGCUAGGGCAGCUGGUUACGGUAUCUGGAAUGGGGUGAUAGGACACGCGGGAGAUGGAAACUUUCACCAAGCAUUAUUCUACCACCCUGACAAGGCCGGUGACAAGGAAAAGGUGAAAGACUGCGUUGAUACUAUGAUAGAGAGGGCAGUUGAGAUGGAAGGAACCGUAACAGGCGAGCAUGGCAUUGGUAUUGGGAAAAAGGAAUGUCUUGUCAAGGAGUUAGGUCUGCCAACAGUUGGGGUCAUGAAGGCUUUGAAGGAUACACUUGAUCCGCAUUGGUUAUUAAAUCCGGGAAAAGUGUUUGAUGAAUGA